AUGGGAUACGACAUUUGCACUUCUCUUGGUUCAAGACAAGAUAGAAUCGAAUUUGUUUUUCUGCUGCUGACAGAGGAUUUUAUUAACUGUGUGGACGGAGUGUUUACAUUUGGGAACUCUCUGAGUAUUCAUGUGCCUGAGUUCUCCAGUGGUGGAGUUGUGUUGGUAGCCUUAUAUGAAGAGCCAGAGAAACCAAAUAGUGCCCUGGACUUUCUGAAGCAUCACCUGGGAGCUUCAGCUCCUGAGAACCCAGAAAUAGAGGCACUUCGCUUGGAAGUGGCAGAGAUGAAAGAAAAAUACGAAGCUGUGUUGGAAGAAAAUAAAAACCUGAAAAUCAAGCUGGCUCAGUAUGAACCACCUCAAGAUGAGAAGCACGGUGAAUAACAGCAGUUUCUCCUUUAAUGCCUUGAUUUAAUAAAGGGCUUCCUGAGAACUGCAGUCUUUUUUUUUUAUUGUGUGUGUGUGAACUCUGCUUGUCUACUUUGUUACCUCGUCUUAAAGAAAAGAAAAAUGCAAUAUCAUGAGUGUACAGUUAUUUUUGAGCAGCUGCAGCAGCAAAUGAUGUGUUGGAGCAUACUGGCCAGCUUUCUUGUUUCUGUGUUUGAGAAAAGGUGAUAGUUACGAUUAACUUGGAGAUAACCCUGCCUGCCAACUUUGUGUAAAUUUUGCAUCAUGGUCAAUGGUCCUGUUAAGCUGAUGAUCUCUUUCUUGGGUUUUCUUUUAACUGGAGGGGGUGACAUGAUGCAGAUGGACCAACUGUGAACUAAAGCAGGACUUCCAAAGUAUGUACUAAGUUGGUGCUCAGCACUGAGAUUAGGCUUCUAUUGAAGUUGAUCGGGUAACUGUCUACUCAGAGGGUUGCAAAAGGAGUAGGUAUAGUCAUGUUAAGCAAUAGACAUAGCACAAUGUUGGAGAUGCAGUACCUACUGAACUUACACUUUUUAAUUUGCAUGAGGUGUACCUAUUUCCUUGCAGUUCAUGUCUCAAAUUCUGUUUCAGAAACUGGGCCUUGGAGA